CUCUCUCUCUUUCUCUCUCUCUCUCCCCCACAAUUCGUCGCCGAGCCUUUGCAACCUGAGCAAUUCAGCAAGACGUAAUGCUGAGAUUGACGAUAAUGGUGGCUUAUCCAAUUAUCUGACAAACAGACUCUCUCUCGCUCUCUCUCAUGACUAUAACACAUCAUGCAGCCCCCCAGAAAAUUCAGCUGUGGAGCAAUAUUUGAGAGUUGUUAUUCAAAGAUUUGAGCCUUAGAUUCUUUAUCAAGUUCUGCUGAUCUAGACUUAUGGUUGUCCUUUAUGGAGGACAAUUUUUACCGAUGCACUAUUGCUUCACGAAAGUUCCAAGAGAGGUGUUCCAGGUGAAAUUUUAACUUCGGGGGUGCAUUCUGCCACUUCAAAAUGAUGAUGAUCAUUAUGGAGCAAGAGACUGAAGAGGCUGGGGACAAAUUGUAAUUUUUCUAUGUUGCGGGCAUUCUGCUGGCUAUCAACAUGGAGGACCCCUGUGAUGAUGGUUUUGAGGGAUCAAAUGAUGAGCUAAGUAUUUUUAGAGAGGUACUUUAUGGAAAUUACACUGGUGACAGAAAGAAAAUGUCACCAUCUGUUCAACCUAAUAGCUGUGAGUCUGAAUCCAGUAGAAAAAUGGAUCUCUCAGUCUGUUCUAAUGGUGAAAAUUCUGCUCUGACCAGUCUUUGUGCUUCUAAAAAUACUUUCUGCGAGAAAUCUUUUGUUGUAGACGAAGAUCCUGGAAAGAUUUCCAGUUUCACAGAUAAGAAUGACCAAGUAUCUUGCGUAAAGGGGAUUGAAUUUCCAGCAGAUCAGCUUGCUAGUCCUGUGCCAGACUUGAAGAGAGGUUUCAGUUCAUCAUGCUGCUCUAACAAGAAUAUUUCUGGCAUGUCUGGUCAAGAGAAAUUCAUCGUGGCAGAAUCUUCCAGUAAGGGGGUUGCAUACAACUCCUAUGUGCUAAAAGAGCUCAUGCAAGUGGACAACAAAGCUUGUGUGGGAAAUACUAGUACUUCAAACUGUAGAAUUACAGGUUCAGAUUGUAAUGGUAGCAUGGAAUUUGCUGUAAAGAAAGCUAUUGCUUCACCUGCUUCACAGGAGAGCAUUGCAAACAGAAUAGUUGCAGUAAGCCCAUCUGCCAAUGCCGCUGACAAGUCCAGUCCCCUGCAUGCUGAUGAAAGGCCAAUUGCUUAUGGAUUUCCUCCAAUUAGUGUGUCUGAUGGUUCUUCCAUUGCAAAGGAGCCUCGCCGUCUUCUCCAGCACCAUGCUUUUCACUUACUUAUGGCAGCGGGAUGGCUUAUCACCAUGCAUCAAAGACCUAGUAGGCGUUAUACGGAGUACAAAUUUCGAUCACCUGCAGGGAGGUCAUUCCGUGAAUUCUCUAAAGCGUGGAUAUCAUGCGGACAAAUGUUACUGGCCAAUCAAUGUGCUUUGGUGCAGGAAGAUGAGAGUAAAGAAUGGAAUGAUUUCAGUUUGUUCCUGUCAGAUUUGACAAAGUUGUUGUUGAGUAUUGAGAGAGAACUAAAUCAGUCAGAAUUGUCUAGCUCAUUGGCUCAUCGCUGGAAUCUCUUAGAUCCCUUUGUGGCAGUAAUGUUCCUUGAUAAGAAAAUUGGUAUACUAAGAAAAGGUGAAGUAGUAAAAGUAAGACCGAGUUUGCUCACCGACAUGAACAGGAGAAGAAAUGCUGCUUUGGCUGCGAAAAAAAAUGAUAUCUGUGGAGACUUGUUCUCUGCGAGCCAAAUUUCUGGUUUUCUUGGUGAUUCAUCUCAGGCCUGUGGAAGUGAGGUGACGGAUGUUGAUGGGAACUGCUUUGCUUCUGCAAAGCUAUCUCGCACUGGCUGUUCCUCAGGAUAUGGCAUACAAAGAACUGAUGGGAGUCCUGGGACUUUUUUGACUGGGAUGUCUUUUUGUACCACUGGUAGUGGCGUCACUCCUUUUAUUCAAACUGCCAAUGCGACUGCGGAUUACUCUCAGGGGAACAAAAUCUGCGACCUGGAUCCCCUACCAUUACCGGCUCCUGGUCCUGGUGGUGGCACUUCAUCUGGCCAUACCCUGUAUUAUCGUCCUGCUUAUUCAGAAAAUGUAAGUGUUCCGCUUGAAGGAUUGAGAACAGUCUUCCAUCUGGGUGUGGAUGGCAAGUUGAAUCGCUUGAGUUACAAUGAAGAGGGUUCUGAGCAUGACAUGGAGAGACAUAAGCAGGUUUUGGAAGAUGUAUCAUUGGUGACCUGUGAAAAUAAAGGAGAGUCAUUUAAGGACCAAGAUGCUAUUAAGAUAAGAAUAAAUCCAGCAGCUUUCCCUUGUCAUUGUUCCAGAGAUGAACCAGGUGUAGCCAUCGUAUUGAAUUCCGGAGCUGUCGAGCAGUCUGGGCAUGGCAAAGAAGUGGACUGUGCUGAUGUUCCCGCAGAUGUUAGUUUGAGAAAGAAAAUAAGAAGGAAGUCAAAGAAGAUAUCUGAAAUAAAGUCAACAACAUUGGACCAGGAUGAUAUAAUGGGCGUGACUUUGCCGAACAAGGCCGAGUCUCCAGGAAUUGGUACAGACAGCUCUCACUCGGAGUUGAAUGAGGUUCAGGAUCUUUUGGUAACAGAAGAAAGAUUUAAAGGAAGUUGCAAGUCCUCGUGUUUCAGCCUUCCCAAGUACCAGAGUGAGAAUAGAAAGCUGAAAUAUAAGAAGAGUAGCCGAGAAUGUGAUACUUCGAAAAAUAGAUCAAAGAAAAGAAAGUGUGAUAUUGAAGAUGAUGAGCUGCUUGUCUCAGCGAUAAUGAAAAACCAAGAAGUCAGUGGAAGUGCUUCCAAAUCUACGCCUAAAACCAAGUGUCGUAGAAUAAGGGCUAGAAGGAUGCUGAAAAAGCAGAAGGGUGCAUGCAAGUUGCGUCCAAGGAAUUUCGGCAAGGGGGGCAAGCCCUUAAUGGAUGGGAGUUCCUUGCUAGGUGCUAGAACUGUGUUGUCAUGGUUGAUAAAUUCUGGAGUAAUUUCUCUUAAUGAUGUUAUCCAAUACCGUGAUCUUAAAGACAAUACCGUGAAGAAGGAUGGUCAGGUUACUUGGAAUGGCAUCAUAUGCAGGUGCUGUACUAUGGUGCUAUCAGUUUCUCAAUUCAAGGUUCAUGCAGGGUUCAAAAAGAAUCGUCCGUGCUUGAACCUUUUCAUGGAAUCCGGUGAGCCAUUUGCCUUGUGUGUACUUGAGGCCUGGUCAUCUGAAUAUAAGUUGAGGAAAAGUGGAAGGCCGAAUGUGCAAGUUGACAACAAUGAUCCAAAUGAUGAUUCUUGUGGAAUCUGUGGUGAUGGGGGUGAAUUGAUUUGCUGUGACAACUGUCCUUCUACUUUCCAUCAAGCUUGCUUGCUGACGGAGGACCUGCCUGAGGGCAAUUGGUAUUGUCCCAACUGCACAUGUCGAAUAUGUGGAUGCCUAGUUGACGACAAGAAGGCUGCAAGCUCUAAUGAUGCACUGAAGUGUUUGCAGUGUGAACACAAAUAUCACGAGUCAUGCAUGAAGGAAAAGAAUGUAGACCCGGAGAUAACUGAUGGGUGGUUAUGUGGUGAAGGCUGUCAAGAGGUUUACUCUGGGCUUCAUUCUCGUAUUGGUCUCAUCAACCAUAUUGAAGAUGGGUUCACUUGGACUCUGCUUAGAUGCAUUCACGAUGACCAGAAGGUUCGUUCUGCCCAAGGGUUUGCUCUUAAGGCAGAAUGCAACUCGAAACUGGCUGUUGCUCUGACUAUAAUGGAGGAAUGUUUUGUCUCCAUGCUGGAUCCAAGAACAGGAAUAGAUAUGAUACCUCAUGUUCUAUAUAAUUGGGGGUCAGAUUUUGCAAGGCUGAACUUUCAUGGCUUUUAUACCAUGGUCCUGGAGAAAGAUGAUGUGUUAAUAUCUGCUGCAUGUGUAAGGAUUCAUGGAAUAGCAGUUGCAGAGAUGCCCUUAAUUGCAACUUGUAGCCAAUAUAGGCGGCAGGGAAUGUGUCGACGCCUUAUGAUUGCUAUAGAGAAGCUGCUGGGGUCUUUUGGAGUGGAAAAACUUGUGAUAGCUGCCAUCCCAGAUUUGGUGCAGACAUGGACUGAAGGUUUUGGCUUCAAGAUUGUGGAAAAGGAUGAAAAGGAGGCACUUAACAAGAUCAACUUGAUGGUUUUUCCUGGAACAGUGCUGCUGAAAAAGAGCCUGUACACAAGUCAACAAGCUGAGGCACUAUCAGAAUGCGAGCUCACGACCAAGGCAGUACAACCUGCUGAAACCUGCUAUGCAAACAAUGAAGAAGCUGAUGCUAGGGAAGUCAGCCCCAAGGAAGGAGAGCUUUCGCGAGGAACUGAACUAACUAAUGAGAUAGGACAAGGAGUUUGCGAUACUGCACAGAAUUCUGCGUUAGCAGAUGAAACUUCUCACCUUCCUACGACAGCAGGAAUCUCUUCCGAAGAAGAGCCAGCCAUCAACUGUCUGCUCCCUUCUGAGGAAAACCUUUGCGAGGAUGGGGCGAAGGGCGUAGAAGAAUCAUCCAAAUUUUGUCAGACAGAUACCGCCGAGUCUGAACAGGUAUCAGAAAGUACCUGUCGUGCUAGCUUAGUUAGUCGUAUGGAUACCGAGGAUUUGCUAGUAGUUGUAGGACAAGAAACUAGCUCGCAGGAUCAAUUUUCGAAGCCGUCCUGCGAUGACCCCCUCAUGUCCCCCGGGGAGAAGGAAAAGCAAACCAGCAGAAGGCGUUGCAAUGUCGAUACCAUGCUGGUGUAUGACCAGACACAGCUCUCCUGUGGGGAAGAAGCCCGGAAAGCUUGUGAAUUGUAUGGGAAGUGAUAAAAAUUAUAAGCAAAUGUAAAUAUGCUGAUCUAGUCUUUUGGGUUU